CUACGGGUCCCCCAGCGGAGCGGGAGGCCGGACGGGGGAGCCGAGCGGCGGCGGCGGCGGCGGCGGCGGCGGGGGCGGCGGGAAUGGCGGAGCUGGUGCAGGGCCAGAGCGCGCCGGUGGGGAUGAAGCCCGAGGGCUUCGUGGACGCCCUGCACCGGGUCCGGCAGAUUGCUGCUAAAAUUGAUUCAAUUCCUCACUUGAAUAAUUCCACGCCUCUAGUGGACCCCUCAGUGUACGGAUACGGAGCACAGAAGCGGCCCUUGGACGACGCAGUAGGUAACCAGUUAGGGGCCUUGGUACAUCAAAGGGCAGUAAUCACAGAAGAAUUCAAAGUACCUGAUAAAAUGGUUGGCUUUAUUAUUGGCAGGGGAGGUGAGCAGAUCUCACGGAUUCAAGCAGAAUCUGGUUGCAAAAUUCAGAUAGCUUCAGAGAGUUCUGGGAUUCCAGAGAGGCCCUGUGUACUUACCGGAACCCCAGAAAGUAUUGAACAAGCCAAGCGGCUCUUGGGACAGAUCGUGGAGCGCUGCCGCAACGGGCCCGGCUUCCACAGCGACGUGGACGCCGGCAGCACGGUCCAGGAGCUUCUCAUCCCCGCGUCCAAAGUGGGCCUGGUCAUCGGCAAAGGAGGGGAGACGAUAAAGCAGCUGCAGGAGCGGACGGGAGUGAAAAUGGUCAUGAUCCAGGACGGCCCGUUGCCCACGGGAGCAGACAAGCCGCUUCGCAUCACCGGAGACCCGUUCAAGGUCCAGCAAGCGCGGGAGAUGGUGUUAGAGAUCAUCCGGGAGAAGGACCAGGCCGACUUCCGAGGCGUGCGCGACUUCAGCUCCCGGAUGGGCACGGGCAGCAUAGAGGUGUCAGUGCCCAGGUUUGCUGUUGGGAUCGUCAUCGGAAGAAAUGGGGAAAUGAUCAAGAAGAUCCAGAACGACGCGGGAGUAAGGAUCCAGUUCAAGCCAGAUGACGGGAUCAGUCCGGAGAGGGCUGCCCAGGUCAUGGGCCCCCCCGACCGGUGUCAGCACGCGGCGCACGUCAUCAGCGAGCUCAUCCUUACAGCUCAGGAGAGAGACGGCUUCGGGGGCCUGGCGGUGGCCCGGGGACGAGGCCGCAGCCGCGGGGACUGGAGCAUGGGUGCGCCCGGGGGCCUGCAGGAGAUCACGUACUCAGUGCCCGCCGACAAGUGCGGCCUCGUCAUCGGCAAAGGCGGCGAGAACAUCAAGAGCAUAAACCAGCAGUCGGGGGCCCACGUGGAGCUGCAGCGGAACCCGCCCCCCAGCACUGACCCCGGCCUACGCGUCUUCACCAUCCGGGGCGUGCCCCAGCAGAUCGAGGUGGCCCGGCACCUCAUCGACGAGAAAGUCGGGGGUGCAGGUCUUGGAGCUCCAGGCGCCUUUGGACAGAGCCCCUUCGGCCCGCCGCCCACUGCCCACCCCAGCACUUUCCCGGCCCGGAGCUCAGGGUGCUUCCCCAGCCUCGCCGCCAAGGUGAACGGGAACCCGCACAGCGGCCCUGUGAGCGGCCCCCCGGCCUUCCUGACGCAGGGCUGGGGCAGCACCUACCAGCCGUGGCAGCCGCCCUCUCAGCAGGCCCCAAGCCAGCAGAGCCAGCCGCAGAGCGGCCAGCCCGACUACAGCAAGGCCUGGGAAGAGUUUUACAAAAAGCAGAGUCACGCGGCCAGCGCGGCACCCCCGGCCAGCUCCCCGCCGGACUACAGCCUGGCCUGGGCCGAGUACUACCGGCAGCAGGUCGCCUUCUACGGGCAGAGCCUCGGGCAGGCGCAGGCCCACAGCCAGGAGCAGUAGGGCUGCGGCCACGCCGUCUCCCCGGAACCACCGUGAACGAAUCCUGUUUGUAACAGAGGUUUUUAGAUUUGCAAACCUUUGGAUGAAGAUCCUUUGUUUUGUUCUGUGAAACACUAUAUUUAGAUUAACAGACUUUUUCUAAAAAUCUGGGAAAUUAGUUACUAAAAAUUGCUGGUCAUCCGUCUCCUUUCCGUCCAACUGUCCGUCGUCUCCCGUCUCGGGCGCUGCCCGGCCAGCCCAGGGCAGGGACCUCCGGCACCUCUGGCCCGUUUCGUCCCUUGUGUGUCUUUUCAGUCACAGUUUGUUUUUGUUUUUUUUUUGGCAACACAGAGUGGCUUGGAAGUCUUAGGUGUUCUGUAACAAAUUCUUUUUUAAAAAAUUUUAAACAGUAUUUAAAUAUUCUUAAAUGUGUAAAUUCAUUCAAUGUAUUCUAAUUUCUUGUACCUUGGCCGUCUGGUUUUAUUGCAUUUUUUUUAAAAAACUGAACUAUUAUGUAUUGUAAUUAUGUGAAUUCUGAAUUGAGGCAGAUAACUGUGUUACUGUCCGACGGGUCUGGGCGGGGGCAUUUGAUAGGGUUUGUAUAAUUUCUAGAGUUCUAAAGCGUAAUAUAAAAAUGUGUCUGUGUUUAGAUUUUUUUCAUGUUUCCGUGACUGGUUGAAGUUGUGUAUCUAAGACCUCCAAGCUUGUUUUAAAAACAAAACAAAACUUUUCUCUAUUCUCUCAGAAGUAUAAAUACUGUUAUUUUUAAUAUUAAGAAGAAAUUCGAUAUAACUUUUAACAAACACUGUGGAACAUUAAACCAUAUACAAAUGUAGUAACUAUUUUUUAAUUCCAAGGUGUUUUUUGCUUUUUUUCUUUUAAAUAUUUUAAUAUUUGUCAGAUUAGAUGAAUAAAUAAAUCUAGUAUUAACCACAGUAUGAAUUAAAUAAUUUUGAUUUAAUAAAAGGGAUACUAUGAUUUCCAAUGUUUACUGUAGUAUGUAUCUUGUACAGAUAACCUGUAUUUUUAAAGAAAACGGAAUUGAAGCUAUUUUUUUCUUGCAUUUUUAAUUGACCUGAGGGACAUUCCGUUUGAAAUGUGCUGAAGUCACGUAUUCUGUUUUUUCCUCCUGUUUUCUUUAUAAUGCUUGAAAUGUCUAACUAUUAAAAAAAAAAUUCGAAAAUGUUAUGCAUGUUGUUUUAAAAAGAUGUUCUUUUUAUUUGACUGACAAUUCAUUUUACACUCUAUAUAAUAAAAUUCCCACAAGGCAUCUUGUGGGCAAAGUAU